UUCGGACGGGGUUCAAAGCGGCAGCAUGGAGGCGCACGGGAGUGCGCUGAGGAACCAAAUUCCCUGCCACCAAAGCGUUGCCCGGGUAGCGCGUGGAACCCUGCCCCCGGCGCGAAGCGUCCUGCAGAAGGCGGGGCUGCCCCAAACCACCCCAGCACCAUUGCUCUCUUCCGGGCCGCCAGGAAGAUGAGCAGCCAGCCCGGCGAGGCGACGACCUUCGCGGAGCUCGUGGUCAUCCACGCCAGCGACCACGGCGCGGCCACGGGCAGCGCCGACGCGCGCGGCUGGCGGCCGGCCAUGGAGGACGCCGUCGUCGUCUCCCGCGACGCGGUGCCCGGCGCCGUGACGCUGGCCGUUUUUGAUGGGCACGGCGGCGUCGACGUCGCGAAAGCCGGCGCCGCGGCGCUCGGGCCGAAGCUCAAGGAAUUGUCAAAGAGCCUGCCGCCCUCGGAGUACCUGGCCUCGGUCUUUCCUUUAAUUGACUUCGCCAUCAAGGAAAAGGACGGCGCGAAGUUCGAGGCCAUGGGGUCGACGGCCGUCUGCGUCGUCGUCACGGCCGACGAGAUCGCCUGCGGCUGGCUCGGCGACUCGAAGGCGCUGCUGGGCACGGCCCAGAGCGUCGAGGCGCUGAGCACGGACCACAAGCCCACGGACGCCGGCGAGAAGGCGCGCAUCGCCGCCGCGGACGGCCACGUGCUGCGCGGCCGCGUCAACGGCGUGCUCGCCGUCUCGCGGGCGCUCGGCGACUACCUCUACAAGCAGAAGGCCGGCGCGCCGCCCGAGGGGCAGCUCGUGAGCUGCGCGCCGGACGUGACGACGCGGAAGCGCGAUCCCGGCGGCGACGAUUUCCUGGUGUUGGCCUGCGACGGCCUCUGGGAGAAGAUGACAAUCGAGCAGGCAAGGGCACUGGUGCGGUGUGCCUGGCAGAUGGGGUACAAGGGGCCGUCCGACUUGGCGAAGCGCCUCGUGGAGUACGCGCUCAUGGCCGGGAGCACGGACAACAUCACGUGCGUCGUCCACGUCCUCGACUCGAAGCGGCUCGAUCUGCUCUCGGAGGCGGACGCUCGGGCGGGCUGCGAGGCUGCUGAAAUAUGCUAUCCCGCGUGCUGUUGCGUCCGCGCCGUGCUGCCCCUGCGGCGGCGGGACGUGCAACAGUACGACGAUGGGCGCAUGGCAUCUCUAUUGGAUGCGGUGGGCUUGGGCCGCCACGCGCCCGCCUUCGCCGCGCAGCAGGUGAACGGCGAAUGCUUCGUCGAGGUCGUCGAGCGCGAGUUCGUCGAGGACCUGGACAUGCCCGCCGGCGACGCGGCCUUCCUCGCGCUCUGCAACGAGUGGUGGGAGCGCACGGCCGCCUGGCCCUGA